AUGCCUUCCAGUUCCAAGAAGGGCGGAGCCAAGCACUCCCACUCCACGACCAACUCGGUCCGCAAGGAGAAGCGUCUCUCCGAGGCACAGGAGCUCAAGCAGCUCGACGACAAAUGCAAGCACCCUAUCGCAGGAACAGACUCCAUGCAGCAGUUUGACGAGCUCCCAAUAUCGCAAAAGACUCUCAUGGGUUUGAAGCGUGCCAACUUUAUCAAGAUGACUGACAUCCAGCGCAAGGCCUUGCCUCUGGGACUCUGCGGCAAGGAUAUCCUCGGUGCCGCCAAGACUGGAAGCGGAAAGACCCUCGCCUUCCUCGUUCCUAUGAUUGAGAUGUUGUAUCGCCAAAAGUGGGGACCUCAGGAUGGAUUGGGCGCAUUGGUUAUUUCGCCUACACGCGAGUUGGCAGUGCAGAUCUUUGAGGUGCUCCGCAAGAUUGGUCGGGAGCACUCAUUCUCGGCAGGAUUGAUCAUCGGAGGCAAGGACUGGAAGAUUGAGCGUGAGUUGAUCUCCAAGAUGAACAUCCUGGUCUGCACGCCUGGUCGUCUUUUGCAACACAUGGAUCAGUCGGCAGGAUUCAACUGCGAUCUCUUGCAGCUCUUGGUCCUGGAUGAGGCUGACAGGAUUCUGGACAUGGGAUUCAAGAAGAGCAUCAACGCCAUUGUCGAGAACUUGCCCCCUCAGCGUCAAACCAUGCUGUUCUCGGCCACACAGACAAAGUCCGUCAAGGAUCUGGCUCGUUUGAGUUUGAAGGACCCCGAGUACGUCGCUGUCCAUGAGAAGUCUGAGCAUUCUACCCCCAAGAACCUCUCCCAGUAUUACAUGGUCGUCCCCCUGCAACAAAAGCUUGAUGUCAUGUUCAACUUCAUUAAGACCCAUUUGACCUCCAAGGGUAUUGUCUUCCUUUCAAGUUGUAAACAGGUCCGGUUUGUGUUUGAGACGUUCUGCAAGAUGCACCCAGGAGUACCACUGUUGCACUUGCACGGAAAGCAGAAGCAGCAGAAGAGAGCCGAGACAUACGCCAAAUUCGCGGCCCAAAAGGCGGCCUUCCUGUUCUGCACGGAUAUUGCGGCUCGUGGACUGGAUUUUGCUGCUGUGAACUGGGUCAUCCAGCUGGACUGCCCCGAGGACCCCGAGACCUAUAUCCAUCGUGUCGGCCGUACAGCUCGUUAUGAGGCCAGUGGACAGGCCAUGUUGAUGUUGUGCCCCAGCGAGGAGGCUGGUAUGAUUCAAGGACUGGAGCGCGCCAAGGUCCCCAUCCAGGAGGUCAAGCUGAAGCAGGAUGCUAAGGAUGUCAAGAAGGAGCCUAUCCAGAAGCAGAUGCAGCGUCUCUGCUUUAACGACCCCGAGAUCAAGUACUUGGGACAGAAGGCGUUCAUCUCUUACAUGCGGUCGGUCUACCUGCAGAAGGAUAAGACUGUCUUUGACGUCAAUGCCCUGCCCGCUGAGGAGUUUGCGGCGUCCAUCGGACUUCCUGGAGCUCCCAAGAUCAAGUUUGUUGAAAAGUCCAAGGCCAAGAACGCGAUCCGGGGCACCCAAAAGAAGUCGAGCGAUGAUGAGGAUGAGAGUGCGGAUGAGGAGGAGGAGGAGGAGAAGAGCAAGGUCAAGGCUCUGGACGCCAAGAAGAAGAGCAAGAAGGAGGUCGUUCCUGAGGACGAGGAGGAUGCUGAGGCGACGGGAUCGAAGCAGGUCAAGUCCAAGAUCGAAAAGAUGUUCAACCGCAAGAACCAGUCGGUCCUGGCUGACCAUUAUACCAAACUGGUCGAUCAUGACGACGAUAACAAGGUUGCCAAGGCCAGAGCCGGAGGCGACGAUAACGACGACGACGAUAUUUUCACUCUCAAGCGUGCUGACCACGAUCUGGGCGGAGACGAGAUUCCUGAGGACGCUGUGUUGCCGACCUCGAAGAGACAGCAGAAGAUGUCCAAGUUGGAGAAGGCCAAGAACCAGGGCCAGGGUAAUAGGUUGCUGUUUGACGAGGAUGGUGGAGCUCAUGAGUUGUACGAGCUUGAGAACGAGGCUUCCUUCCACGCCAAGGGUGACGCUUUGAGCCAGCAGAAGGAGUUCUUGGAGAAGGAGAAGAAGGUCAUGGACCGUGCCGAUGUCGUCGAUAAGAGUACCGCCAAGGAGAAGCUCCGCGAGAAGAAGGCCAAGCGGAAGCAGCGCGAACGCGAAGACAUGAUGGAUGAGGACUCUGGCGAUGAUGAUGACGAGGUGGUGGUGACACUCGGUAACCCUGACGACUCGGAUGACCAGGGCGACGACUUCUCUAUGGACGAGGACAACUACUCUGGAGACGACAACAGUGAUAACGACGAUGAUGACGAGGAGGAGACACCCAAGAAGCGUGGAUGGUGGCAGGACAAGGCGGACGCAGAAGAGUCCAAGAAGAAGCGCAAGGUUGUCGAGGUCGACGAGCCCCAGACCCUCGCAGAACAAGAAGCCCUUGCCCUCAAGCUUCUCGGCCUUUAG